AUGCCUGCUUUCGAGCCAACUCCCAAAAUCCUUAAGAUUGCACUCUUUCUCAAGAAAUGGCCUGAUCCAUCUCAUGCAGGGGGGCUUGAACGGCAUGCCUUGACCCUCCACCUUGCUCUUGCCAAAAGAGACCAUGAGAUUCACAUCUUCACCAGCUCUUCCUCAAACUCCUUCCCAAGAUAUCCUGUAAACAAUUUAUAUUUUCACCUCUCAAAACCAACCACUGCAGGUUAUCUUGAUCAAGUAUCAGUUUGGAAGCAAUUUCAAACUCAAAACACAAUUGGAAGGCCAUUUGAUGUGAUCCACGCUGAAAGUGAUAGACUCAGGCAUACACGAUCGCGAUAUCUGACCAAGUUAGCCGUUACAUGGCAUGGUAUUGCAUACGAAAUCAUUCAUUCUGACAUCAUUCAAGAACUUUCACGACCUUCUGAAGAACCGCAGGCACAUGCAUUAACCGAAAGAGCUAUAAAGGUUGUUGAAGAGGUGAAGUUCUUCACAAGUUAUGCCCACCAUGUUGCUACAAGCGAAAGAAUGAAAAUGAGCAUGAACAAACUAAAUUAG